AUCUCAUAACUUUGCCUUGGCCUUUCCGUUUUCCAGAUCUGUUCCUUCCUCACCCACAGCCACAGGCUGAGACUAGACUGUACCUUUUCAGGAAUCAGUUGAAGAACAUGGGUCGUGGAGUUAGCAGCGGUGGUGGUCAAAGUUCAUUGGGUUAUCUUUUUGGCAGUGGAGAGGCCCCAAAACCAGCAACAAAUGAUGUCCAACCUGAAGUACAGACUGUAAAUAACGAGCCUCCUUCAAAGCCAGUUGCUCCUAUCACAAUAGACCCAAACAAGCCUGCUGGUAUCAAUAGUCAUUCUACAGAUGGCCAGAACACUGGCAACUUCAUCACGGACCGACCCUCAACCAAGGUCCAUGCUGCCCCUGGUGGUGGUUCUUCUCUGGGUUAUCUCUUUGGAGGACCUGGGGAGGGGAAAUGAUACCUUGUUUGCAAAGCAUUUGCUUGAAGAAUGAUUUCUUUUGAAAUUCAAGUCGUGGAAACAUAAUGGAAGAUAUGGGUGUAUUAUAGGUUAUGGUUGCUGGGAUAAGUCGAUCAAAAAUGCUAUAUUUUAGAUGUGCUAAACAUCUUUUACAGAACUGUGUGUCGGGAAUAUUUCUAUUAUUAAGU